GGAGCAGCAGGCCCCGGGCCCCCAGGCGGAGCAACAGGCAUCGGGCCCCCAGGCGGGGCGACAGGCACCGGGCCCCCCAGGUGGGGUGACAGGCAUCGGGCCCCCAGGUGGGCGACAGGCACGACAGUGGGCUCCGAGUCAACUGGCAUGACCGCUGGCACUGGGUCAGACAAUGGAUCGUCUGGCUGGACAGCGGGCGUCGGGUCACCAGACAUCAGGUCACUUGCCUCAACAGCGGGCACCGCGUCAUCUGGCAAGGCAGUGGGCUCCGAGUCAACUGGCAUGACCGCGGGCACUGGGUCAGACAUUGGAUCGUCUGGCUGGACAGCGGGCAUCGGGUCACCAGGCAUCAGGUCAUUUGGGCUCAACAGCGGGCACCGCGUCAUCUGGCAAGACAGUGGGCACCAAGUCACCAGGCACGACAGUGGGCUCUGACUCAAUUGGCACGACAGCGGGCACCGGGUCAUCAGGUACCGGAUUGUCUGGCCCGACAACGGGCAUCGGGUCACCAGGCAUCAGGUCAUUUGGCUUGCCAGCGGGCACCGCGUCAUCUGGCAAGGCAGUGGGCACCGAGUCACCUGGCCUAAUAGGAUCGUCAGGCUGGAUCAGUUCAUCAUGCUGGGUAGAGGCAUCAGGCUGAGUAGAGGCAUCAGGCUGAGUAGAGGCAUCAGGCUGAGUAGAGGCUUCAGGCUGAGUAGAGGCUUCAG